GCAUUCAUUUUCUCCUCUGCUAAGUAUAAAACUUGGGAGUUAACAGUAAGUGGUAAUUGUGACGGUGGCAGGGUCGACGAGUGAAAGAAGGAUGGGUUCAGAAGAGUAUCAGCCACUGUUACUAGGUCUCAACUCCCAUGCCCGGAUUCCAGACUUGUCGUCCUUUGCAGUUGAGGAGUUCUUGGCCCAAAAACCAGUGGCUGUUAGAUGGUGGCCUCGGCUGUUUGGGUGGGAGUCCAGGCUUCUCUGGCUCCUAUCUGGGUCUUCCAUCGUUGCUUCCAUUUUCAACUACAUGCUUAGCUUUGUCACCUUGAUGUUUACAGGGCACCUGGGGGCCUUGGAGCUGGCUGGUGCCUCUAUUGCCAGUGUGGGAAUUCAGGGACUUGCUUAUGGGAUUAUGUUGGGCAUGGCCAGUGCAGUUCAGACAGUGUGUGGGCAAGCAUAUGGGGCAAAGAAAUACAAGGCAAUGGGCAUCAUCUGCCAGAGAGCAAUCAUCCUACACUUGGGAGCAGCAGUCCUUCUCACCUUCCUCUAUUGGUUCUCAGGUGCAUUCCUCCGUGCAAUAGGCCAAUCGGACAGCAUAUCGGCACAAGGCCAAAUUUUCGCUCGUGGAUUGAUCCUUCAACUCUAUGCAUUUGCCAUAAGCUGUCCAAUGCAGAGGUUCCUCCAGGCACAGAACAUUGUGAACCCUUUAGCAUACAUGGCUGUUGGGGUUUUCUUCUUGCAUGUUCUCCUGACAUGGCUAGUUGUUUAUGUCCUGGACUAUGGCCUUCUUGGAGCAGCCUUUACACUCAGUUUUUCCUGGUGGAUUCUGGUUGUUGCGAUUGCACUCUACAUACUUCUAAGCCCCUCUUGCAAGGAAACUUGGACUGGCUUUUCUUCAAAAGCUUUUAAAGGAAUGUGGCCUUAUUUCAAGCUAACUGUUGCUUCUGCUGUUAUGUUGUGUUUGGAGAUAUGGUACAACCAAGGACUUGUACUUAUAUCGGGUCUACUCUCCAAUCCUACUAUCUCACUGGACUCCAUUUCCAUUUGUAUGAAUUAUUUGAACUGGGAUAUGCAAUUUAUGCUGGGCUUGAGCGCAGCAACAAGUGUUCGAGUGAGUAAUGAGCUGGGGGCAUCUCAUCCAAAAGUUGCGAAACUCUCAGUAUUAGUAGUGAACACAAACAGCAUCAUCAUCAGCAUAUUUUUCAGUGCAAUCAUUCUGAUUUUCAAGGUUGGAUUGAGCAAGCUAUUCACAAAUGAUGUAGAGGUAAUUGAGGCAGUGUCCAACUUGACCCCACUGCUUGCCAUUUCUGUCUUCUUAAAUGGAAUUCAGCCCAUACUCUCAGGCGUGGCCAUUGGGAGUGGAUGGCAAGCUAUAGUAGCAUACGUCAACCUGGCAACUUACUAUCUCAUUGGUCUUCCCAUUGGAUGUGUUCUUGGUUUCAAAACCAGUUUAGGAGUUGCAGGGAUUUGGUGGGGUAUGAUAAUUGGGGUUCUUUUACAAACGGUCACUUUGAUUAUCCUAACUGCAAGAACAGACUGGAAUGCAGAGGUUUCGAAAGCCGCCGAGCGCCUGAGAAACUCAGCAAAUGUAGAGAACUUAAACUUAUUGGAAGAUGUAUGAGAAGAAUUCCACCUUUCACGCAUUAUUCUGCAAGCAAAAUGAUCUCCAAUAGGCUUUUAAAUUUUAUUUUUUAUUUUAUUUUUUUUCCUCUGCCUUUUGAGUGAAGAAUGUAAGGAGUAAAGCUAAUUCUGAAGAUCCAUAUAUGAUUUCUUCAAGUUUUGGUCAUUUCCUGCUGCUGAUGCACCUGUCUAUGAGAGCUAAUCAUGUACGGGAAAGAUUAGGAAUAGAUAUUCAUGGGGGUUGGGUUCUUCUA